AUGGAGUGGGGUCUUAACCUGUGCAGGAAUAGUGUUCCUAACUUUAUUCGUGGUAAUGUUUUAAAUCAAGAGAAAGGAUAUGGUUAUUUAACUUUCAAUGAAACAUCAUAUCGUCAUGCUAAAAGUUUUGGUAGUUUAGAAGCUAGAACAGGAUUUUAUCAUUUGAAAAUAAAAGCUGAAGACUGUUCUCAUCUAACAAAGUCGACAAAAUCUUGGCCAAUUACAUUUGAACAUAUUCAAUCUGAUUUACCGAUUUGGUCUAAAACAAAAUAUGCAUUUGAAAUAGAUUCAUUACAUAGACCAGGUCAUGAAGUUGGUAAAGUGACAGCAUACACAUCAGCUAUAAAUAUGACAGAAAAUGAUAAUUUUUUAUACGGUGAUGAUACCGGUAUGUGCGCCUAUACAAUACAAGAUCCAAGUUAUUCAUUCGCAAUUGAUGGACACGAUACUGAAGAUCGAAACCUGACAUUUCAUCAAAAAAUUACCUUGUGA